CCGGGCCUCGGGGUGCGGGCGAGCCGCGCUUCCAUCCUCGGGCCUCCUCCCCGGCCUGGCGCGCGCGUGAGGCUGGCCGGAGGAGGCGGGGCGUCUGCUAGGGGGCCCCAUGCGCCGUGUCAUGGAGGCUCAGUGUGCGAGCGGCCAUUGAAGGGGAAGGAGCUGGGUGCUUCGCGAGAGGAGGGGCAGGGGUUGCGAGGAGAGGCGCCGCCGCCGCCACAGGAGCGCAGCAGGAGGAGCCCGGACUUCCCAACUCCAUUUGCGCCGCCUUCUAGCCCUUUCUUGAUCUGGGGUGCGGGGGGGCUCUCUUUCUCCCCCCCAGUCUUCCCCUCCUGGCUUCUUUGCCCCUCUCGGUCCCCUUCCUUUGGGUAGUUUUGCGCCCCUCCCUCCCUCUCCACUUUGGAGAGACAGCAGGGCGGCAAAAGGGCGAUGGAGAUGAAGAAGCGCAUUAGCCUGGAGUUGAGGAACCGAGCGCCCGAGAAGGUCGCUGAGCUGGUACUUGAUAACUGUCAGUCUAGCAAUGGUGAAAUUGAAGGUCUGAAUGACACAUUUAAAGAACUAGAGUUUCUCAGCAUGGCCAACAUAGAGUUGACGUCACUGGCCAAACUCCCCAACUUGACUAAGCUUCGAAAGCUAGAACUGAGUGACAAUUCCAUUUCUGGAGGUCUGGAAGUCUUGGGAGAGAGAUGUCCCAAUCUCACAUACCUAAAUCUGAGUGGCAACAAAAUCAAAGAUCUCAGCACCGUGAAAACCCUUCAAAACCUUAAGAGCUUGAAAAGCCUUGAUUUGUUUAACUGCGAGAUCACAAACCUGCAAGAUUACAGAGACAGUGUGUUUAAGCUGCUGCAGCAAGUCACAUACCUAGAUGGGUUUGAUCAGGAUGAUAACGAGGCCCCUGAUUCGGAAGACGAAGAUGAUGAAGAUGGGGAUGAAGAUGAGGAAGAAGAAGAUGAGGACAAGGCUGGUCCCCCGGGAGAAUAUGAAGAGAAUGAUGAAGAAGAUGAUGAGGGUUCAGAUUUGGGAGAAGGUGAAGAGGAGGAGGAGGAGGAGGAAGUGGGCCUUUCAUAUUUGAUGAAAGAAGAGAUUCAGGAUGAAGAAGACGAUGAUGAUUAUGUUGAGGAGAGAGAGAAUGAGGAAGAAGAAGAAAGUGCCCGGGGAGAGAAGAGGAAACGCGCAGCGGAAGAUGAAGGAGACGAGGAAGAUGAUUAAGUUGUAGAAAACAAAAAUAUAGGACCAGACUUGUUAUGUUGCAGGAUUCGCAAUAGUGAUAUGCAGACUCGUAUGUCUCCAUGUAUCAUAGGUAUCCCUACAGGAGAUAUUAAUGUGUUAACUUUUUAUAGGAAGUGUGUUUUUACUAUUUUGCCCUUUCUAUCAUUCCAACUAAGAUGUUAUAGCCCAUUGUUGCUAUUAUUGAUCAUGUGCAUAGAACACUGUUUUCAUCCCUUUUUAAUCACUGAACCAGUUUUGUCUUCCCAUGUCCCCCAUUAGAAAGGUUUUUUCCCCCCAGAAUGUUUUUUCCCCCUUCCUCCUUCUUCCUGGGUUUUUACGUAAGCAUGCUGUUAGUUCUAGACACCGUUAAAACAAGACAGAUUCUACAAAUUUUAAUUCAAGCAUAUAAGAAUGUACACUAAAGUCAAAUAUACUGCAUAACAAACUUUUCAUUAGAAAGGUCUGUGUUCAACAUAGACAGCAGGAGCUGUGUGAAAUCAGGAGCCCGAGUGGAGUAUCUUGUUGGCUCAGCUUAAAAGAAUAUUCUGAAGAAUGCACAAAUAGGUUAAAAAUUUUGAAUCUUCUGCUUGUUCAGAACAUCUUUUUUAUACAGUACACAUCCCUGGAGAGUGUUCUGCACAUCUAUAGAUAGUGUUGACGCUCUAUUGAAGUCUCGCCUUUCCAAAACAUGUUUUAAAGACAAAAAACAUUAUAUAGCCCCCUUGGAACAACCACACAGAAGCCCCUUCCUUCAGUUCAUCAUUUACUCUUUGGUAGCUUUCUGACCAUUAUAUUCCUCCCAGGCUGAACAUGACUCAUAUUGUUGGUGUGAACGUCAGGACUCUACCUCUGGCUUUAAUUUUAAAACUGCAAGACUUUCAGACCAGUUAAGAUAGGAGAGAAACUCUCCUUUAUAUAUCACCAUCAAAGCAGUGGUUGGUGACUAGAUUAACCAGAGGCCCUAAAGUAGAGCACUGGAACAAGGGAUCAGGUUGCUUACUUUUCAGGAGCCAGGAGGCUACAGGAAAUGUGGGUAGAUGGCUGCUGAAUUUCUUGAGCUGUCUCCCUGCUCUCCUGAAGCCAGCAAGAGGGAGCUGGUUGUCUAGGGCCAAAAUACUUCUUUAGUCACCAAAAAGGCUACAGAGAGUGGUGGAUCAAGUGGCAAUUGUCUGUAGGCUAACUUUGGCCCAUAGGCUCCCAGUUGUUUUAAGUAUGGGUUUUUGCUGAAAAACUACUGUUGGAACCUAUUCAUCAAGAAUUCUAGUUCUGAUUUUGAAAAGUUUCAGGAACUAGUAUACUUAUGUAGAGAAGCAAGAUGACACAUUCUUUCUUUGGGAGAUGUGAUGGCAACAAACUGCUCUUUGUGGAAUGUGCUUCUCUUUGCAGUCUUCAGUUUGCUUUUUAGAAACAGUAGAAAACUGGAUACACAACACUACUUCAGUCCUCACUCAUGAGACUAAUUUGUGUUGUUAAAUAGAUAUUUUACCCAAAUAAUACAUGGCUGUAUUCAAGAGAGACUAUUUUUUUAUCUAUCCUGCCGAAGAGAAUUUGUUGCUAACUUGGGUAUAGAUAAAAGGGGUAUUUUUUCAUAGAUUAUCGUGUUAGCCCCUGCUACAGUUUCCUAUGAAUAUAAAUUAUGCAUUGCACACAUUGGCACACUUAGUGUAUGACAUCAGACUAAUUUAAUUUUGGUGGCGCUGCAUUCAGGAAAAUAGGCAAAACUAGUUUGUUUUUCUUAAUUGUCAUUCACAAAGUGAUAUAGCACAGCUAAUUCAAAAGGCGUUCGAAAAGAAUGAAAUGCAUACAGCAAUUUAGCAGAAAUUCUGGAUAUUUUAAAUAACUAAAAGGACUUGGUAAAGCUUUAUCCCAGUUCUUUUACUGCAUUGGUGUGUGAAUAAUUAAUUUUAAAAGAAGUGCACACUGUGUUGUCAUGGAGGUUCUGUGUUCUAAGCAGUUGCUCUGUAUUAUUCCUGAUUUCUUGAGUGAGUGUGUGUGUUUUCAUAUACCCUUUUGUUUUAAAUGUUUAAUUUUGUUUGGUCUCAGCAAAUACUAAAACCUUCCCAUUACUAAACAAAGCCCCAAGAUAUUUAAACAGUGGCUCACUUGUGCUGCUACAUCAUUGUAAUGCAGGGAUAGUUAAUCUUGGCUUUCCAGCUGUUGUUGAACUACAGCUCCCAUUAUCAUGACUGGGGAAGAGCUGGAGUACUGAGGUUGCCUACCUCUGUUGUAAUGUACCUCAGUCCAUACCUCUGCAUAUUCUCUGAUGCAUAUGGCAGAGGUGCAGUCAUUUUUAGUUAGCGGAAAGAAGCAGAUUUCCACACAAUCGACCCCCUGAUCCAAUUCCUUUGUUGGAAUUAGUGGGGAAGGAGUUGUGGCCAAGAGAACUCUAAAUGUGCAUUGGGACUCUUGCAUGAAUGAGAGGUCCGUGAAUCAGGGCGAUGGAUUAAUAUAAUCAUCCAUCCCAUAGAUUCAGUGGUAUCUUCUUUUAGGCAGGAGUCCUAAUGCCCUCUUAAAAGCUCUCUCAAAUUAAAAUUGUAUAAUUUGCUUCAACAAAUAGCAACUUUUUGUAAAAGCGAGUCCACCUUCAGCCAUUUUAAAGACAGGUUUUAAGGUUUAGUAAACCAAAUUACGAGGAUGCUUACAUGUAACAUGUGUUUAAAUAGCUUUACAACUUCUCUAAGCAGCUUUCUUUGUCCAAAGUAGUAUAAGAAGCUGAGUAUUACCAUCAAUUUUAGUUGUCAUUUAGUGUGCAAUCAAAAUGGUAGAGCUUUUUUUAAAAAAAAAAAAUUAACACAGAGCCCCUGGAUAACUUUUUUGAAUAUUUUUUUUUUUUUGGCUUGGUGGGUUCUUUAAUGAAAUAUGUAAGGGUGGGUUUUAUAUUUUGUAGAGAUUUUGUCCUAUUUGAAUGCUCUUUAUAUGGCAGUAUGUAUAUAGUGUGUUCAGUUCCUUUUCAAAUUCUGGAAAAAAAGAUACACAAACUUGGAAGAAAUUGGGGUGUUUGGGUUUUUUGUUUUGUUUUGUUUUUGGUGCAGCUGUGUUUUGAAAAAGCCAUGACAGUGUUAAAUAAAACAAAUUCCUACGGCACACUUCUGGUAAUUUUAGUUGUAACAGAAUGUGAGUGUUUCCCCUGUGUGAUGUAAAUUUUAAAUUAAAGAUUUUCAAUCUGAAAAA